UACUUCUGGGUCGAAGCUUCACAGCCAAGAAACUCCCUCAUUUCGCAUCGCCAUCCAUGGCGGAGCCUCCAGAACAUGUCUACGGCUUCCUGCGUGCCUCGGGCGUGGUAUACCAGUUGGAGGAAGCAGAAACGACCAUCGGUCGUGGAGAAGAGUGUUCCUUGGUGCUGGAUGGCCGCGGUGUCUCACGGAACCACGCGCGCUUGUACUUUGAUCACCAGGGCCCACAGCUUUUGGACUUGGGUUCUAGCAAUGGAACCUUUGUGAACGGUGUUCGCUUGCGACCUGGUCCGCUGAAUGCAGUGCUUCUGCAGCAUGGCGAUGUGAUCCGCUUGGGCCUUGCGAAGUGGACCUUCAGCUUCGAGCUGCCACGGAAGACCCGCGCCGAUGCGGAACCGCCGCGCGCUGGACUUCGACCCGGCCGCGCGAGUCCACCGCGCGGACGGGCGCGAGAAGACGCAAAGGACGGCGAGAAGGUCGCGCCAGAGUCACCCAAGGAGGUGCCCAAAGGCGAGCCCAAGGGAGAAGAUGGCAAGGCCGUGCGCUGGGAGUCGAUGGAUGGCAAGACACCUCACCGGCCACAGCAUCAGAAUGGCUUAAUGCAUGGAUCUCCCUAUGCAAAUCCCAUGAAUGUGCUGCCCAUGCCCUUUCCCGUGAUGCCACCCAUGCCCUAUCCGCCUCAGAUGCCAUGGGGGAGCCCACCGCAAGCUGAAAGAGCAAACCAUGAAGUUGAUUCAUCCUGGAAGAAUGAGUUGCUUCAGAAACUCUGGCAGUUGGAGGCCAACAUCUCAAGGCUUGCAGAUGCCAAUCAGGAGAUUUGUGAUGCCAUGAGAUCUGACAGCGCCAAGCUGCCCCAGGCCGAGCCCGAGAGCUUCGAGCUCGCUGAGGCGCUGGGUGCCCUCACCUCCGCGGCCGAGCGGCUCUCCGCCCACGCGCAGCUGCUGGGCGCGAAGCCGGAGCUGGAGCCGGUCGAGCCGCUCGAGCCGCUCGAGCGGGCGAAGCUUCAAGAGGAGAAGGUGGAGGAGCCGCCCAUCGCACCGCCUCGAUUGGACCGCCCAACACCUGUGCCAGCUCGACAAGCUCCGGGGCCAGCUCAGAUCGUGCCCGCACGCCCAGCUUCGCGUGGACACGCGCCAGAGGUAGGCCAAGCAGUGGAGCUACUGAAGCCUGAAGAGUUAGUGGAACGUUUAGAUCCCUUGGAUUUGGACGCGCUCAUCAUGGAGACCCAGCGAAAUCUGUCCCUUUAUGCCUUGGUCUCCGGAGCCGAGCUGUCCGAGGAGAAGGACAACAGCAGUGUCUCGUCCAUGCCUUCGAGUUCCUGCUACAAGCAUCUCAUGCUCGAAGGCGCUGAUCCGACCGACACGGCUGGCGCCGUGGUGAGUGCCUUGAUGUCGGAGCUCGAAACACUGGAGCGGCUCAACGCCCCGCGCCGCACGGCCGACGCGUCGUCGCCCCAAACGGCCGGAACCGGCGGCCCGCGGCGCUGGCGGGCCCUGCGAGCGGAGUUGGAGCGGCUGCGACAGGAGGAGCAGAUUGAGGCGGAACGACUCGAGAACUUGGAGGUGAUAGAGAAGGCGUUGGUGGAGGAGACUGAAGCAGAGUUCUCGCAGAUUCAAGAGGCCUCCGAAAAAGGACUCGCAGCAGAAGAGCUUUCCUCUGAGUUGCUGAAGGAACUGGCCCGCCUGGAACAGAUCAAAGAUCGUCUGGCAGCGGAAUUCUCUCGAUGCUCCCAGCAGCUGAUGGAUGAGAAGGCUUUGUAUCAGGAGGAGAAGUCCAAAGCGGAAGAAGCGAUGAAGUUCCACACCCUGGCAGAGGAAGCUGCUGAUCAAGCGGAAGAAGACGAACACUCAGGCCGCGCACCGCGCAUGGCCACGCUGGAACGGGUGAAACGCGCCCUGACACAGCUGAGCGAAACGAAAAUCCAGGCACGCUGUUGUUUUCCUCCAGCUUUUGCUGACUAAG